AUCUCCCCCAACCAUUCUUGAAAAAAAAACACACACACACACGAAAACCGCACAUUGGAAGUGAAAAAUGAGGAGGCAGAUUUUUGUGGUGUUUUCAGACAGUAUACACAGACCACAGCUGGAGGCUGGACAAAUUAAUAACUUGUGAAAGGCUCUGCAAGAGAGCUGAAACAUCGCACCGACAUGGAUGAAUAAACCACAGCUUUAAUUGGACCUGUCUGGAGUGCAGAGAUAUUCUUUUGCUUAAGGUAUGUGCGUGAGUAAAUAAGGUAUAUAUUGUACUCGAUUACUGCUCUGCGUCAGUAGAAAAAAAAAGUGAAUGUGCUUGGUGGGCUAAUGCUGCAGCAUCAUGAAGCUGCUUCCCCUCAUUUAUCAUCUCCUCUUCCUUUUUAUGCUUUGGCAUGUACUUUAGCCUAAGUAUCUUAUUUCAUGGGAAGCUAAACAUGGAAUGGAUCCGCAAACAGUAUGUACCUUGUAUUAUCUGUGUAUAUAUAUAUCAUUUCCCUCCUCAAAGUGUGAUAAAUGACUCACCAUUUACAGCAUUUUCAUUCAUAAAAAUUCAUACUUCGAAGGAACUGAAAGGCUUUCAUUCUAGAAUUUCGUAAAAGAAAUGGCACUGCAGAGUGUCUGUGGCUGGGAUGCAACUAAUUCAAGACAGCGACUAUCUCAUAAUCUAAACCUUUUUCCAUCCUACAAUUUAGCAAACAAACAUUUGCCGAAUUUCCUUCACACAUUUCAAGGCUCUUCUUAUCCCCACCACCGUGACUCUGGACCCCCUCCUCCAGCACAUGGCACCACCACUUUGGCUUUCCUUUAUGCAGGGGGCAUUGCUGUUGCAACUGAUUCACGUUCCUCUGCUGGAAAACUUGUUUGCAGCCCAGAUUCCCGAAAGGCUUUUCUAAUUCACAGCCAUCUUCUGGCCACAACAUCAGGAAGUUCAGCUGACUGCCAGUUCUUCGGACGAGCAUUGGCCAGAGAGUGCAAGCUGUAUAAAGUUAGGAAUGGGUACAUGCCAAGUGUUGGAGGCGCAGCCAGAAUGUUGAGUGUCUUGAUGAUGCCAUUCCGUGGAACUGAUAUCUGCGCUGCCUUCACCCUUUGUGGCUGGGAUCGGAAUGGACCUUGCAUCUGUUACGUAUACAAUGAUGGAACUCGUCUUUGUUCUGAUGUUAUUUCUGUUGGAUCAGGCUCUCCAUAUGCAUAUAGCAUCAUUGAUGAAGGUUAUAGGCCUGGAAUAGAGGAAGAAGAAGCCCGACAACUAGCCAGGCGUGCAGUGUGCCAUGCAGGGAGGAGGGAUGCCUACUCUGGAGGAUUUGUGGAUGUAUACUGGGUUAGAGAAGGGGGAUGUGAGAGGGAUCCUAGGGAAGACCAGAUGCAACAAUAUGCAAAAAUGGAACAAGAGGAAAAGAAAAUGUUCAUAAACAAGAACAAAAUCAAAUCAGAAGAACAGCCCCAAUCCAAAGCCUGACUGGUAAUGCCUAAGGGUAACCUUACCAAAAAAUCGCAUGCCACCUGACUAAAAUGUAUUCUUUAAUGUGUACUACAAUAUGGUGGUUCCUUACGUUAUGCUAGUUUCUCAGCAUAAUACUAGUAUAUUUUAAGUUUUUAUGUCUUAUCGGUUGUGAUAUAGCUCUUGAGUUGUAUCAGCUAAGUUUACCAAUAAAAAGAAAGCAUGCAUUAUACUGUAUCUGCCAACAUAUCUGCAAACCUGUUUACAUAAAAUGACACUGGAAGAAAAAUGCUAAACCAUGCAAGAUAAGAUACAUGUCUAACCUUAUCCAAGUGUGAGAUCAGUGGCAUACUUGUAGAUAUUAUAAAUGCGUAGUACCUUAAAAGGUAUUUAGAGGUGAUUUGAUAGAAUGUUUGCUGAGAAGAACCCAUAGUGACCUGUUGUUUUAAUAAACACAGUAGACUAAUCUAAAUGUAGCUUGAAUUACUCAGUUGUGACAUGUUUUAUAGCUCUGGGCUUUGUAGAUGCUGCUGCUUAAAGUGCACCUGUCUCUUGACAGGAACAGUUUAAGAAGCCGUUCGCCAUUAAUCAAAACAUUACCUGGAGAUGUAGUUGUUCUCUUGUGAGAAAUCUGUUCAGUUGUUAUGAAUUAUCUUGCUCUAAGACUGGAAUUCCACUUUUUUUUUUUUUGUGGAAAAAUGCCAAGAAAAACGCCAAUUCUGCCGCAUGGUGUUUUUUCAGCCAAAAAACGCUGCGGCCAGAUCUUAGCUGUAAAUCAAUGAAAAUGCUAAAAUCUUUUUCCACUUUGCGUUUUUCAGUUUGGCGUUUUUUUUUAAAUCCUUUUGGCGUUUUUUUCCCCUCUUUUUCAGCUCCUUGACGGUUUUGCUAAAUCUCAGCAUGUUGAACCUAUGGUGUUUUUUUCACCGAAAUUGUGUUGUUUUUCUCUUCUAUGGGAGUAAAAAAAAUGCCAGGAAAAAUGCCACGUGGGUUUUAACUUUGGCAUUUUUGCAGGCAGUUUUUAUUCUUUUUUGGACUUUAACGAUCCAAAAAAGUGAUGGAGAUACCUUUGUUUUAAAUAAAAAUUCUUCAUUAUACAGGAGGAUCACAGCGGG